UCUGAGUCUGACACCGCCACUUGUCCGCCGUUCCCAUUCAUCUUUUACUUAUCCGUAAUUUGAUUUGUGCCUUUGUGGGUGGCUGCCUCCGUUUUCUGAACCUUCCCCUCUGAGUUACACACCUUUGAACCUUCCACUCAGCUGUACUUCUUCUCCUCACUGACCAAAAUCCCAUAAUUCCUUCUUCUUGUUUCUUCUUGUGGACUGACUCCCAUGGCGUACCUCUACCACUGAAGGUCAGACACCAACGUUGCUAUGACUGUAGGCAACGAUUCCUUAUGCGCUCCUCUUCAAUGGAAGUUCUCUCAGGUCUUCGGUGAACGAGUUGCCGGAGAGGAUAUUCAGGAUGUUGAUAUCAUAUCGGCUAUUGGAUUCGAUAAGACUGGUGACAACCUUGCGAUUGGGGAUCGAGGUGGUCGUGUUAUUAUAUUUGAGAGAAAGGAUGAGAAGGAUACUUUCAAAAACUACCCUACACGGAGUAAGCUGGAGCAGUUGAAUCUUACUCCCGCAUGUCAUCCUGAAUACCAAUACAAGACUGAAUUUCAGAGUCACGAACCUGAGUUUGAUUACUUGAAGAGUUUGGAGAUUGAAGAGAAGAUUAAUAAAAUAAAGUGGUGUGUAUCUCCGAAUGGAUCUCGCUUCAUCCUUUCAACAAACGACAAGACUAUUAAAUUAUGGAAGGUCAAGGAGCAUAAGGUGAAAACUGUUAAAGAGAUGAACCCCAAUCGAUUUGUGAGUUCAGAGAAUGCACUUUUGGCAGAAAUCAGUUUCACUAGUGAACAAGACAAAAAAUCUCUUUCCAAUGGUUGCCAUGGGAAUUUGUCAGAGAAUAUGGAAAUGAGCAAGGUAGCCAGUAAAGACAUUCAUGACAUGAUUGCUGAUCAAGACAACACUUCUCGAAGAAGAUGCCGAAAGGUGUAUGCUCAUGCUCACGAUUAUAAUAUUAAUUCCAUUUCUAACAAUAGUGAUGGUGAGACAUUUAUCUCUGCAGACGACUUGCGAAUAAACUUAUGGAACUUUGAGAUUAGUGAUCAGUGUUUCAAUAUCAUUGACAUGAAGCCUUCAAACAUGGAAGAUCUUACAGAGAUCAUAACGUCGGCUGAAUUCCAUCCUCUGCACUGUAAUCUUCUUGCAUACAGCAGCUCGAGGGGUUUUAUACGUCUAGUGGACAUGCGCCAGUCUGCAUUAUGUGAUCAUAGUGCUAUUCUCUUACGAAUUGAAGAAUUGAAUCGACCAAAAUCAUUUUUUACGGAGAUCAUUUCAUCCAUAUCAGAUAUAAAUUUUUCAAGUGAUGGACGGUUUAUCAUUAGCCGGGAUUACAUGAAUUUAAAGCUUUGGGAUAUCCACAAGUGUUCGUCCCCGGUUGCAGUUUUCAAGAUCCAUGAGCACCUGCGACCUAGGUUGUGUGAGCUGUAUGAUAACGAUUCCAUAUUUGAUAGAUUUGAAUGCUGCCUCAGUGCAGACGGGCUUCACUUUGCAACUGGAUCUUAUAGCAACCACUUACGGAUGUUCUCUUAUGGCUCUGGGAGUUCGGAAGGGAUCACUACAGAAGUGGGAAAGAUUCCUGAUAGGAGACCACACCUCCAGAUCACUCGACAGGCCACCACUCGACGGGCGAGAAGGUCGUCCUUAAGCAAUUUGACGCGUGAUUUCUUUCGGCAGGGUAGUGAACAUUCAAGCUCUGACGGUACUGAAACUUCUGUUGACUUGAACUCCAAGUUACUACAUUUGGCGUGGCACCCAUUGGAAAAUUUAAUCGCUUGUGCUGCUGGAAGUGGGCUGUACAUCUAUUAUGCAUAACCCCCUGCAAAAUAUUUGUACUUGAAAAGUGUCCUAGAGCAGAAGUCAUUCUUUGUUUUAAAAUUAUGAAUUCUGAAAUGAUGUCUUUGGAUAUAUUUUUCCAGCUAGGAAGUGAAAUAAUACAGAAUGGUAUGUACUUUACAAAGGAAUUCUAUCAUAUUUGCCUCUAUUUCUCUAUAGUGGAGGCAUGUUUAGGUA